AUGACUCUCUGUAAGGAUUGGAUUUCCAUUAAAGAUUACAUUGGUGAUCCAACAUAUGCUGAGGGAGUUAAUAAUUUUUUAGACUAUGCUUUUCAAAAGUUGAAAACUGAGACAAUUCGUUGUUCUUGUACCAAAUGUAUGAAUGGAGAAUCCGGUGAUCGUGAGAAAGUAAGGGAACAUCUACUUGUUUUUGGAAUAAUCAAAAGAUACACCUUCUGGUAUCAUCAUGGGGAGGGGUUGGAUAAGUCAGAAAUCGUGUCUGACGAGGAUCAUGAUGAGGGAGAAGACCAUGAUGAAAUUUUUGAUAUUCUAAGGGAUUUAUAUCCUGCGUUCAAUGAUGUUAGUCCCUCUGAUGAUGUCAAUGAUGUCGAGGAGCCAAAUGCCGACGCUAAAAUUUUUUAUAACCUAUUGAAGGAUUCACAAGAUCCGGUCUAUGAAGGUGCUAAGGGUUCUACAAUGUCUGCAAUCUUGGAGCUUCUUCAUAUUAAGACUCUUGGUCGUUGGACCAAUGAGUCUUUUAGCAUGCUUCUCAAAUUUUUGAAGAAUCGGCUUUUACCUACAGGGUCAACUUUACCAGAUUCUUACAAAGAGUCAAAAAAGAUCAUGAGAAACCUCGGACUUUCCUAUGAAAAUAUCGAUGCAUGUGUUAAUGAUUGCAUGUUAUAUUGGAAGGAGAAUGAGAUGCUAGAUGCCUGCAAUAUUUGCGGUGCAUCGAGAUGGAAAACUAACAAACACAGUGGGGAAGACAAGUGUAAGUCAAAUGGUAAAAAAAUACCUCACAAGAUAUUGCGCUACUUCCCACUAAAACCGAGGUUUCAAAGAUUAUUCAUGUGUUCAAAGACUGCUUCUUUGAUGAGGUGGCAUGAUGGUAAAAAGAAUAAAGAUGGUACGAUGCGACAUCCUGUUGAUGGAGCCGCGUGGAGUCAUUUGACAAGGAGUUUCCCGAGUUUGCAUCAGAUCCUAGAAAUGUUAGGUUGGGGCUUGCCAGUGAUGUCUAAUAUACUUCUUUCGAUGCUUAUUCCUGGUCCUAAAGGACCCGGUGAUGCAAUUGACAUAUAUUUGCAACCAUUGAUCGAGGAAUUAAAAGAUCUAUGGGACACUGGUGUCGAGACCUUCGAUGCAGCAACUCAACAUCAUUUUAAUUUACGUGCAGCACUGAUGUGGAACAUUAAUGAUUUUCCAGCAUAUGCCAUGUUGUCAGGAUGGAGUACUAAGGGUUAUUUGGCAUGCCCUCGUUGCCUUAAGGAUACACGAUCAAUGAGACUAUCUCAUGGGGGCAAAGAAUGCUACAUGGAGCAUAGAUGUUAUUUGCCAAAGAACCAUAGAUGGCGGAAGGAUAAGGAUUCAUUUGACGGAAAAGUUGAGCAUGGUCUACCUCCUGAACCUUGUUCAAUUGAUGAAAUUCUUCGUCAACUCGAGGAUCUCGAGAACAUUGUUUUGUCCAAGGAUCCACAUGUGAAGACAAAAAUAAAUCAUGAGCUUAGGGGUGAUAAUUGGAAUAAGAAAAGUAUUUUCUUUGAGCUUCCAUACUGGAGGAAACAUUUGUUACGGCACAAUUUAGACGUGAUGCAUAUUGAGAAAAAUAUAUGUGAUAGUGUUCUUGGGACAAUUAUGAACAUCAAAGGGAAGACUAAAGACACUAUAAAAUCACGUCAUGACUUGGAAGCUAUGGGGAUAAGGCCCACAUUGCACCCAGUCAAAGAAGGGGACAAAUAUAAGAUGCCUCCAGCACCGUUUACUUUUUCUCCUGCCGAGAAGCAAAGAUUUUGUAAUUUUUUGAAAGAGUUAAAAGUACCUGACGGUUUUUCAUCGAAUAUAUCUUACUGUGUCAACACUAAGGAAGGAAAAAUUUCAGGUUUAAAGAGCCAUGAUUGCCAUGUAAUACUCGAACAUCUACUUCCUUUGGAAAUACGUGGUCUACUCACUCCACUUGUACGUGAAGCACUGAUUGAGCUAUCAAGGUACUUUACCUUAUUAUGUGCUAAAGUACUUAAAGUGAGUGAAUUGAAGCAACUAGAGACCCAAAUUCCUAUCACUCUCUGCAAAUUAGAGAAGGUUUUUCCUCCCUCGUUCUUUGAUGUGAUGAUGCAUUUGCCAAUUCAUUUAGCCAAUGAAGCUAUGAUCGGAGGUCCUGUUCAGUUCAGAUGGAUGUAUCCUAUUGAACAAUAUAUGUAUAAGCUUAAAUCUUAUGUACGAAAUAGGGCUCAUCCAGAAGCUUCAAUUGUGGAGGGCUAUUUAGCAGAUGAGUGUAUGACCCUUUGCUCAAGGUAUAUGCAUAAUAUAGAAACAAGAUUUAAUCGCCAGGAACGAAAUUAUGAAAAUGCAAACGGCAGUGAUGAAGCCUUCGAUAUUUUCAGCCAUUCUGGUAGAGGUUUAGGAGCUCCAACUGUUAUAAGUGUUCCCAGGCGUGAAAUGGAUCAAGCUCACGAUUACAUUUUGAAGAACUGCGACGAGGUUCAACCUUUCCUACAAGAGUAUUCUGAAACUCAUCCAAUAGAUGAUUCUGGGAUCACCGAAGAGGAAUGGAGCGAGAAUUUUAGAAAAUGGUUUAAGGAUGAAGUUGCGCUCUUAUAUGAGAAUAAUAAGAGCAAGGAAAUAGAAAAUCUCCUCUCACUUUCACGUGGACCAACUGAAUAUGUAACAUCUUUUAGUGGUUAUGUUGUAAAUGGAUACAGAUUUCGUACCCAAAACCUUGAUAAGAAUUUGAGAACACAAAAUAGUGGCGUGGUUGUGUUAGGAAAUACGGGUGAUGGAGAUGAGAACAUGGAUUAUUAUGGAGUUGUAACAGAAAUUUUAGAGAUACAAUAUCUCGGAGGAAACCGGAUUGUGCUAUUUCGGUGUAACUGGCAAUUAAAAACUGAUGAACCAUUUAUCUUAGCUAGUCAAGCAAGACAAGAUUUUUAUGCCACCGCCAACAUUAACAAAGGUUGGGUUAUUGCAUCAAAGACUCAACCGCGCAACUUGUUAGAUGAUGACAGUGAUGUUGAUGAGCAAAGUGAAGCAUACCAACAGAGUGAAUUUGAUAGACCAACAUAUGUUGCAUCUUCCUCUUCAAGUGCAAGUAGUGAAAUAUGUAGAAGUCGGGCUAGCAUAGAUCCCAUUAUUGUGGAAGAUAUUUCAAUCAAAAGUGGAGAACAACAAGCUCCUGUGAAGAGGAGAAGAGAGGAAUGA